AUGUCUUUUUUGGACACUCUACGCCAGUGGGAUGAUGCUGUAACGUGUGCGGACAGAAACGAUUUGGCUGAAGCACUCAGAAUUUUCUUGGCCAUCCAGGAGCCAAACUCCAAAAUUUAUUUUAACAUCGGUUGUCUCCAGCUUCUCAACCAAAACUUGGAUGCUGCUGAAAAGGCCUUUGACUGCAGCAUCUGCAAGGAUGAGCAUUUGGCGGUCGCCUUCUUUCAAAGGGGAAUGACCUUUUAUCAAAAGAAAAGGUACGAUGAGAGCGUUGGUGAUUUCCAACUCGCCCUCAAGGCUUUGCGGGGCAACCAACUGAUAGAUUACAAAGUGCUUGGCCUCAGAUACAAGUUAUAUGCAUGCGAGGUCCUGCACAACAUGGCCCUGGCCGAGGCUCACUUGGGUCAGUGGGAAAAAGCCCAGAAGAGUCUUUCAAAGGCUCUCGAAUACAAAACGGACGCCAAGCUCAACAUCAUCAAUAAAGCUAUGGAGUCUAUCCUGAGACAAAAAGUUUUUAAAGCCGUCGAGUUCCCAUCCACUGUGCUGUUCAGACCGAAUAAGCAUUAUGUUGCUGAACUGGAGAAAAAGGACUACUUAGGAAAAGCCAAGGUGGUUGCUUCUGUCGUUCCACAGGAUCAGUUUUCUGGGUUUGCCCCAUUACAGCCACAGGUCGAACAGGAACCUUCAAGUCCAAAAGAGCCUGAAGUUCUGAGGGCUUUGGAAGGAGACGCUCACAUCGUGCGAUACGAGUUUAUACCCGAGACAAGUGAUGAACUGGCCGUUGUCCCGGGGAAUAUUGUUUUUGUCCUGCAGAAAGGUUCGGACAACUGGGCUUCGGUUAUCUUCAACGGGAGAAAAGGUCUUGUCCCUUAUAAUUACUUGGAGCCUUUGGAAAUGUCCUUGGGCACUCAACAGAAGAACGAACUAUCAGAACCACCGAGUCGGGUACCACCAACCAGGCCAGAAAGGAACCAAGGGCUUGUUCGUGAUGACACCAGCACUGAAGACUUACAACAGAAGGAAAAGCUCGCGGACAACUUGUGUGUCGUCAAAGUGCAUUACGCAUUCAACUUUGCAGUGUCGUUAGAGAGUGGCUCCACUUACAAGACACUGGUUGAAAAGAUCAGUAGAAAACUGAACGUCUCUCCCAUGUCAGUCACAUUAAGGUUAUCAUCAGAUGCAACAAGUGCCAUGAAUGACGAUACAGACAUGGAGAGCGUUUGGAGUGUCCAUAGCAAGCGUCUCAAAUUGUGGUGUAAUAGCAAAGAAGAAAGCGCGGUAAAGCCACAAAACAACGAGACCGUUUUGGUGGCGCUUCACCCGUACGUGUCGACAAAUCCCGAGGAUCUUGGUUUUAAUCAAGGGGAUAAGAUUACACUCAUCUCAAAAAUUAACCAGGAUUGGUUGGAAGGACAUUCGAAUGGAAACACUGGCAUCUUUCCUGCAUCCUUUGUGGAGGAACUUCCUGUGAAUGACCAGUGAUGAAAUGCGAUAGCGAUGCCUCUCCUGCCCUCUACAGCUUUCCCCACGGGCGUCUCCCCCAACUUCUGCUCCAAACCGCGCCAGCUCCGAGUCGCCAGAAAUGAUGCUGAGAAGACACGAGGAACAUUUGAGCGUUUCAUUGUGCAUCAAUAAACACAAGAAAAUACA